UCUGACGUCCGCCUCCCUCAGCGUGCGGCGCGCAUGCGCAGCGUGGUCUGGCGGUUGCCCAUGAGAAGAGGAGGCGAGAGGUAACGGGGAGUCAGUCAGAGUCAGUCACAGUCAGUGGGCAAGGGACCAAAAUGAGGCUGAAAUGGGAUCAUAUUUUUCUGGGAUUUUUGAUCAUAAUAGCAGCAGUCCAGGCUCAAAGUGAUGACGAUGAUGAUGAUGAAGAACCAGACGCAGAUGCCUUGGAGUUGGAAGAAACAAAUACUGUGACUAAAUCACCAGUUAAGGUAUCCUACAAGACACCAGUGCCAAGUGAAGAGGUAUACUUUGCUGACGCAUUUGAUCAAGGUUAUUUGGACGGAUGGGUUGUUUCCACCACCAAGAAAGAUGAUACAGAUGAAGAUAUCGCAAAAUAUGAUGGAAAAUGGGCAGUAGAGGAAUUAAUGGACAACAACGUGCCUGGGGACCAAAGUUUAGUAUUGAAGUCCAAAGCAAAGCAUCAUGCAAUUUCAGCUCCACUGAGAAAGCCCUUUAAAUUCGAUGGCGAAUCUUUAAUUGUCCAGUAUGAAGUGAACUUCCAAAAUGGUAUUGAAUGUGGUGGUGCUUAUCUAAAGCUGCUUUCUCAUACUGAGGACCUGAAGCUAGAAGAAUUCUUUGACAAAACUCCAUACACAAUAAUGUUUGGACCAGACAAAUGUGGUGAAGACUACAAAUUACACUUUAUUUUCAGACAUAAACACCCUGUAACUGGAGAGCAUGAAGAAAAACACGCAAAACGCCCUGAUGUAGAUCUAAAGAAGUUCUAUACAGACAAGAUCACGCAUUUGUAUACUUUAGUGCUGAAUCCAGAUAACAGCUUUGAGGUGUUGAUUGACCAAAUUGUUGUUAAUAAGGGGAAUUUGAUGGAGGACAUGACCCCACCUAUUAAUCCCCCGAAAGAAAUAGAUGACCCUGAUGAUAGGAAGCCUGAAGACUGGGAUGAGAACCCAAAGAUAGCUGAUCCUGAUACAAACAAACCUGAAGACUGGGAUGAAGAUGCACCAGCAAAGAUAAUUGAUCCUACUGCUGUUAAACCAGAGGGAUGGCUUGAUAAUGCAGCAGAGUACAUUGGCGAUCCCAGUGCAGAGAAACCAGAGGACUGGGAUGAAGAGAUGGAUGGUGAGUGGGAAGCUCCCCAGAUUCCUAAUCCAGAAUGUGAAACGGCACCUGGCUGUGGAGUUUGGGAAGCACCUAUGAUGAGCAAUCCCAAUUACAAAGGGAAAUGGAAGUCACCUGUGAUUGACAAUCCCAACUACCAGGGUGUCUGGACUCCAAGGAAGAUCCAAAAUCCUAAUUACUUUGAGGAUUUUCAUCCUUACAAGAUGACUCCAAUCGUCGCUAUUGGCCUUGAAUUAUGGUCCAUGACUUCUGACAUCUUAUUUGACAACUUUAUCAUUUGUGCUGAGAGGAAAGUGUCUGACCAGUGGGCAGCUGAUGGAUGGGCACUAAAGAAAAUGGUGGCUACUGCAAAUGAGCCUGGUGUGUUGGGUCAGUUGACAACUGCUGCAGAGGAACGUCCAUGGCUCUGGAUUAUUUACAUCCUGACAGCUGUUUUGCCUUUGGGGCUGAUUGUGUUGUUCUGCUGGCCAAGCAAGAAAUCAGACCCUGCAGCUGAGUACAAGAAGACUGAUGCGGUGCAGCCCGAUGUUAAAGAAGAACAGGAGGAGGAGGAGGAGGAGCAGGAAGAAGUGAUGGAUGAGAAAAAGGAAUGUAAUAAUCUCAAAAAAGAAGCUGAUGAUGACAAAGCAAGUGGAGAUGAUGAAAACAUUGGAGACGGCAGUCAAGAAGAUGAUGAGCAGGAAGAAGAAGGAAAAAAAUCAAAAUCUGCUUCAGAGGAUGAGAUGAAAGAAGCAGAUGAAGGAACUGGCUCGGGUGACUGUCAAACAAAACUGAGCCGUAAGAAAAAACUGAGGAAAGAAUAAAUACUUUAAUACUCUUGGAAUGGAGGCAUUGUCAUUUUUCGGAUGGGCAUAAAGCCCUCUGUACUUCCUGAAAGCAUGCAGAUUUACUUGGCUAAUGGCUGAGUGAUAAAUCAGCCUUGUAGAAGUACCUAUCUAAUCCUAGCCUCCAUACUAUUAUCUUCCCUGCUUCAUUUACAAACCUCUUAGUCUUCCUGGCGAGAAACAAAAAUGCUCUGAAGAUGUUGUUCAUUUUUAACGUUAUCAGAAUGUGGCCUAACACCAAAUGACCCGUUGGGGAAGCAAAUUCUGGUAUUGCAAAGAAAGUUGUAGAAAAUAUUUGAUGACUUUUGCGAAAAAAGUGUUAACCAGGGUAAUUACAAAUAUGAUAAAAUGAAAGGUAGUUUCAGUUAUAUGGUAACAUUUGUAUUGUAUUGAAAGGGGAGACGCAUUGGCAUACUUUAUGACUGGUAUUUGAUGUUAUUCAUUUCAAGUUUUCACCCUAUUGUGGGGAGGAUAAAUUAACAUGACCGUAAUUCUAAUGUACAUACUGUAUAUGAAUUUAAAUGAUGCAGCUCUUGGCACAAUUCUGUUUUAUCUUUGUUGCCAAUGUUUUCUUCCCUAAAUAGAUCUCCUACUGGAUUGUAUUGUAGAAAAACUAAAAAUGCACUGAAUUUCUUUGUACAUAUGAAUUGUUCGGGUACACACAAAGGUGUUGUGCUUUAUUUCUCCCCUUCGACGCACAGUUCUAUGUGGUACAAAUAGUUGUGUUGCAUUUUAACUGUACCACUAAUGUAAAACAUCUUGUGAUCUGCACUCCAUAUUAUCAACCUAGCUGUGAGCAAUUAUCUUUCCCCAUAGUUUUUCUUUGGUGUGCAUGUGUAUUUUGGUAAAUAAUUAGUAUUACAGUGCAGUGACAUUCCUAAGUCAUCUCCUGUCUGAGUUUCAAUGUUAUGAAUACAGAGAUGAAUGAUUUAACAGACCCCCAAUGGGCGAAUUUGGGGAGAUGAAUGGUAUGGAGUGUACUGAAUUUUCUGGAGUUUUAUAGUUUUAAUGUUACUCUGAGUUAGCAUAAUCCUUGUUUACACUGAUGUUUGCAAAUGUAUAAUUGCUCUUUGAAAUAAAUAUUUAAUAUAAUGGAAA